ACCAAAUCACCUCCACGCACCAUCUCACCUUUCUCUCUCUACUCACCAAAACUCUCUGUCUUCCUCCUAGCCACCUGUGUCACCCUCUUCAUUCUAUUCCACAUCCAAUCCCUACACCUUCCACCACCUUCCUCAUCACCACCCUCCUUCUCUUUUAUGCAACAAUGGCAGAAGAACAUCAUCAACACAGCCCAAACCUUCCAUAACAGCACUACCCAUGACAAUGACCUCAAACUCAAAUCCAUGUCCUCCAAGCUCAAAGACUCGGUCACGUUUCUCCCCUUAAAAGACCUACGUUACUCUACAACAGCCCAACAAGGCCACACGUGGUUCAUGAGCUCCAUGAAUGACUCACAUGAAGAAGGUGAAGUUCAGUACCAACACUUCCCUUCAAAAGCAUCAAAAGGUAGGGUUUUAUGUCUAAAGGGGAGAGAUAAACAUGAUGGUGCAUGGAAUUACUAUGCGCUUGCAUGGCCUGAAACCCUACCUCACAAUUCAACCCUGANUAGAUCUAUUCUAGUGAAGCUGAUGAGUUCAACUGACAUUUUGGUCUCUCCACAUGGGGCUCAAUUAACUAACAUGUUCCUAAUGGAUAGAAACAGCAGUGUUAUGGAAUUCUUCCCCAAGGGAUGGUUAAAACUGGCUGGUGUAGGUCAGUAUGUCUACCAUUGGAUUGCUAGCUGGUCCGGCAUGAUACACCGGGGAGCGUGGCGAGACCCGACCGGGGACGAUUGCCCCUUCCCGGAGGACGAUCGCAGGUGCAUGUCCAUCUACAAAAAUGGCAGAAUUGGACACAAUGAGACCUAUUUUGCUGAGUGGGCAAGAAAUGUUAUUGAUGAUGUCAAGAUGAGGAAGAUGGAAGAAAGGAAGAACUCAGCUGCUGGUUCUAGUGGCUGUACUUGUAGCUGA